AAGAGGGGAGGAAGGGAGGACACACCGGCUCUAGCCCCGCCUCCUUUAUGCACACACACACAGGAGCAGCAUCAGAGGCAACAAAGGGAGGCUGCGUGGCUCAGAUGAAUCCACUGAUCCACUGAGACAAGUUACAUCUGCAGAGACACGUUUGACCACAUCUGUCCUCACCUCACAAGGGUGUAGUAGCACUGCACAGUCAUGGAGCUGGAGCACUUUGACGAGCGGGACAAAGCUCUGAGAAACACCCGGAGAGGCUCGAGGGGGAACGGGCUGCCCAGUCCCACUCACAGUGCUCACUGCAGCUUGUACAGAACCAGGACUCUGCAGGCACUGAGCUCGGAGAAGAAGGCCAAGAAGAUCCGAUUCUACCGCAACGGGGAUCGUUACUUCAAAGGUAUUGUUUACGCCAUUUCUCAGGAGAGAUUCAGGUCUUUGGAUGCACUUCUGGCCGACCUCACACGAUGUCUGUCCGACAAUGUCAACUUGCCACAAGGGGUGCGGACCAUUUACACCGCUGAUGGUGUGACAAAGAUCACCAGCAUGGACCAGUUUGUGGAAGGAGAGAGCUAUGUCUGUGCCUCCAUAGAGCCGUUCAAGAAGCUGGAGUACACAAAGAAUGUCAACCCCAACUGGUCUGUUGGUCCUAAGACUGCUGCCGUGCUCCGAGACCCGUCUUCUCUCGGCAGUGCCAAAGCUGGGAGCCCGGAGACGAAGGAGAACAAGGAGUUCAUUAAGCCAAAACUGGUGACCAUCGUCCGCAGCGGAGUCAAGCCUCGCAAGGCCGUACGAGUCCUGCUCAACAAGAAGACAGCGCACUCCUUCGAGCAAGUCAUGACUGACAUCACGGACGCCAUAAAGCUGGACUCUGGUGUCGUCAAGAGGCUCUUUACUGUUGACGGCAAAAUGGUUACCUGCCUUCAGGACUUUUUCGGGGACGACGACAUAUUCUUUGCAUGCGGCCCAGACAAGUUCCGAUACCAGGACGACUUUAACCUGGAUGAAAAUGAGUGCAGUUUGGCGAAAUCUGCAUCGUACGGUCGACUUCCCACCGUACACGGUCGCUCUUCCCCAAGAAGCGGUGGGUUUUCACGUAGGAGCAAAUCUCCUUCAUCCACUGGUUCAGUCAACGGCACCGCAGGCAGUCAACUGUCCACGCCUCGGUCUGGAAAGUCCCCGAGUCCGUCUCCGACCAGUCCAGGAAGUCUCCGAAGACGACAGGGAUCUCAACACAGUGGCUCUUCACUGUCUUUAGCUUCUACCAAGGUUUGCAGCUCCAUGGAUGAAGGAGACGGACCAGGCAGCGAAGCUGAGUUUGUGGACGACUCGUCUUCAGUCCCCCCCUCCAUCACAGAGCGGUACAAAGUGGGGAGGACUUUAGGUGACGGAAACUUUGCGGUGGUGCGGGAGUGUGUGGAGAAAUCCACAGGGAGAGAGUUCGCUCUGAAGAUCAUCGGCAAAGACAAAUGCAGAGGAAAGGAACACAUGAUCCAGAGCGAGGUGUCGAUCCUUCGACGUGUGAAACAUCCCAACAUCGUGCUUUUGAUAGAAGAAAUGGACACACACAGUGACCUUUAUCUUGUCAUGGAGCUGGUGAAGGGGGGCGAUCUCUUUGACGCCAUCACCUCCUCUAACAAAUACACCGAACGAGACGCCAGCUGUAUGCUCUUUAAUCUGACCAGUGCCAUCAAGUACCUGCACGGUCUCAACAUCGUUCACCGAGACAUAAAACCCGAAAACCUGCUGGUCUUCGAGCAUCACGACGGCAGUAAGUCCCUCAAACUGGGAGACUUUGGUCUGGCCACGGUGGUGAACGGGCCUCUGUACACCGUGUGCGGCACGCCCACUUACGUAGCACCUGAAAUCAUCGCCGAGACGGGUUACGGUCUAAAAGUGGACAUCUGGGCGGCCGGCGUCAUCACCUACAUCCUCCUGUGUGGAUAUCCUCCUUUCAGAGGCAGCGGUAAAGAUGAGGACGCUCUCUUUGAACAGAUCUUAAAGGGUCAACUGGAUUUUCCUGCAGCGAACUGGGACAACGUGUCCGACUCUGCAAAGGCUCUGAUCACUGCGAUGCUGAAGGUGGAGGCAGAUCAGAGAUACACAGCAGUUCAGGUGCUCGAUCAUCCCUGGGUCAACGAGGACGGAGCAUCGGAGGUGGAGCACCAGCUGCCUGUGGCUGGAAAAAUCAAGAAGCACUUCAACACCGGGCCGAAGCUCAACAGCACUUCAGCAGGAGUGUCAGUCAUUACAACCACGCCACUUGAUAAGGAGAAGCAAGUUUUCCGACGAAGACGCCACCAGGAUGUGAAGUCCAUCCCGCAGCUGCCGCACAGCACCACCACUGCUGCUGCUGCCGGUGCCCUCUCCCCGUCUGACUUCACCUCCGAGUCCGAAGACCUGUCUCCGGGUUCUGCCGGCACCGUCCGUUCGCCCGUGUCUCCGUUCUAACACAGAACGCUCAGUCCAUUCCGCUGUUGUUGUACUUUUAUUUCAGUUAAAAUCAGAAUGAGGCACAGUUUGUUUAAGGAUCACAAAAAUUGUCCCUUCUCCUUUAAGGAGAAAUCACCACAUAACUUGUUUUGGCCUGAUUUCUGCACAAGCACUGGUCAUUAAUAGUAAUAUGGCGCCCUCUACUGGUUCAUACCAUGUACUGCAGGGAAGACAAACCUGUUUCAUUUAAUUUUUUUUUUUAUUAUUUGACUUGCUUUCAGUGCUCUAUUGUGGCUUGGAAGUCCAAAAAAUGUUAAAACCCUUUUUUUUUUUACAAAAGCUUGAGACAAAUUUUAAAAGAAAUUGACUACAAAUCAACAAAUUUGGUGAAAAUUGGAUUGACAUUAAAACACUUGUUUUAUUUUAUAGAAUUAACUCAAGCGGUGAACAUUCAGACCUUUCUCUAACAGUAAAUGUUACACCACAAAAUGCACUGUUAUCUGUUAUAUCAUUUGAUUUUCAGAUUUCAAAUGGCAAUGUGACCAAAUCUAAGCCACGCAAGGGAGUGGGAAAAAAAAAGUUGGAGUCACAAUAACGGGAUAAUAUAACACAUUAUCUGUCUGUCACAGAAUCUGUGGAUCAUUCGUUCAUUCAUUGGUUUUUCAAAAGGAAACGAAAAAUGAAAAAAACGAAUAACAAACAGCUCCCAUUUCAUCCAGUUUUGAUAUAUUUUUUUUUACAUCUAACCCAGAAGUGACCUGUGACAGGGGGAGGAGCAAUUGUUUAUAUUUUUGUGCUUUUAUGCUGUAAAGUUCACAGAAAGUUUGGUGACACUACUCUGCAUUACGGUGAAGUUAUUGAAUAUUUUUUAAUAUUAAUAUUUAUAAUAUUUUUUCCAGGUGUUGCACUUUGUAGACGGUCCCUGCUCUCCUCCAGUCUCAAUGACAACUGCACGUAGAGAUCAAUGUAGUUUUGCCAGCUUCUUUUUUGAUAAAAACAACGUUGUAGCUCGUCGUCUACGUUUGCUAUGAUUUAAAAUAUGUCUUGCACGUGUUUCCAAAAAACAGAUAACGGGCGUUUCCCAUUUUGGAUUUUUUCGGAAAGUUGUGAGAUAAGUAAAGUUAGGGAAAUAAUUCACAGCAAACAUUUUUUGAAGACAUUUUAAAUCAUAGCAAACGUAGACGACAAGCGACGACAUCGGUGAUCUCUACGUGCAGUCGUCAGUGAGACUGGAGGAGAGUAGGGACCGACUACAAAGUGCAACACCUGGACAAAAAGAUAUUUAAAGUAGUAGUGUAAUGUAAACUUUACAGCAUAAAAGCACCCAAGUCCGGAUAAAAACACUUUUAUGAUCGUCCCGUGUGAAGCUCCUCCCCCUGUCACAGGUCACUUUCGGGUUUACGUUAGAUGUAAAAAAAGAAAUUCUAAACUGGACGAAAUGGGAGACGUUUGUCUUUUUUUUUAUAUAUUAUUUGAGCAUAAUAUCAGAAAUUGGGGAGAAUGAAAACAGCCAAAAGAACUAGUCAUUAUCCAAGUUUUAUUUUAUUUUGAAAAACGAAUAUACGUAAAGCCAGGUUGAAAGUAAGUGUUUCGACAUUUUGUAAAAAUCUUUUGCACUUCCAGGCCACCGUAGUGCUGAUGUUUCUAAGCAAGACAAGUGAAAACAUGCUGCUAUAUCGUUCCGCGAGUGUUGUAAAGCAAGAGAACGGACGUUUUUGUGUCGGACAAAUAUUCCUCCAGAGACACGGUGGACAGGCGUUGACCGUCCACUUUACCCUUGAGCUUGCUGCUGCUGAUUGUUUUUAUGAUUAUCAUUAUUUUUCUUGAAAGCUGCAGUAGGUUUGUGUUGUUGUUGUUGUUGUUUACCUGGGUUUUAUGUUGACUGAAGGUCUAUUUUAGGUUUCUAUUCUCCCUGAAUGUCUCUCUCUUUGUCCAGCAGAUGGCAGCGUUGUCAAACAACGAGGAUGUACAGUUCCACUGCAAAGCUGUUUUUAUCAAAACUGAAAGUUAAUCAACCAAUAAUUUGGUAGGUGAUCGAUAAGCUUUUAUUAAAUUAAAUUAAAUUAAAUUAAAUUAAAUUAAAUUAAAUUAAAUUAAAUUAAAGUAAAUUAAAUUAAACUUAUCAAGUUGUGUGAUUACAGCUUAUUUUAGUGUAGUGAUGUUAUUAUAUCCUGUUGUGUUUUUGGCUCCUUUUAGACAUUUAACCCCAAGGUCUGCACAGCUAACAGUUUUUGGUUCCCAGAACGUUCUGACCGUUCCCCUCUAGGGUUCUCCUAUAUAUAUUCUUAUUUAUAUAUAAUAUAUAUAUGAUAUAUGUAUGUACAUAUAUAUAUAUAUAUAUAUAUAUAUAUAUAUAAGAAUAUAUAUGUUAUAGAACAUUUUUAGAACAGUGAAUCCCAGUCCUGGUCCUGAUGGCAUAGUUCCCAGAACCAUGCGUUGCUCAAGCGCUCUAUAGCGCCCCCUAAGGUGAAAAGUAAAAAUUGGGUCCCACCAAAUUUCCCCAAACUUGGUGGGAAGAUAUUAUAGACCAAGACGGACAAAAUAGUCGGCCAUUUGGAAUUUUGUGGUCCAUUUUGGUGAUUUUCACCCAGCGUAAAUGAGCGAGACACAUCAAAGUUGAAAAGUUGUCGGAAGGUUUUGCGGAUUCAAAGAUCAGGGAACUGCUGCACUCGCGAGGGCCCUACCAUGACUUGACUUUUAGACGCUUUACUGUGCCAAAACACCAGAUUGAAUUCAUCAAAUUACCAACAUUAGUUUUCUAAAAUAUUACCGUAGAUGCAGGAGAAGGCUGUAAAGGGUGAAGUGAACAUGUUUGAUUUGUUUUCUGCCAUGUUAUGAAACAAAAUCCAGGAAUACAGUGGGAGUUGGGGGGGGGGGGGUUAUGUCUUAGUCUUAUUAUUUAAUAUAAUUAAUUUAAUUUAACUUAAUAUUUAAUAAAGAAAGAAAAAAUCCCCCUACUGGUAGCUUUAAGCAGCAGCUUUGUUACACAUUGAUGCCCUCGUCUCGGCACGUGUUGGAUUCUAAGUGCAAUUAGGGUGAACUGAGCACAUGGUAACGCGGCAAUUCUCUAUCAACGUUUCUUUAUUUUUGUCAUUUAAAUGUAGUCAAACAGCAGUGCUUCCAGUAAAAAACAAACACAUUAUUUUAAUAUUUCUUCUUCUUCUUAAAUAACUCUUAUGAAAACAUGAACAUUAUGUAUUCAUGUAUGCACUGCACUCACUGUCCCGGUGAGUACAUGAAUGUCCUCCUGCAUGUUUGCCAAUGUACGACUGAAACAAAAGUCAUGUGACAUAAACUGUUCAUGCUGUCAUAGUGAAUGCACUUCACUUUAAAGGUGCAGUGUGUGUAAUUUAAAAAAAAAGAAAUUAAUUUCAUUUAAUUUCUGCCAAAUAAAAAACAAUUUCAUGCACAUUUUACGCACUGCACCUUUAACGCAGACUAUAAAGCAACCUAGCACAAGCUUAAGGUUUUUGUUUUUGGUUUUUUUCUAUUACUGCUGUUAAAGGGCUUUAUGUUUUGGUACAGACCAUAAAAAGCACAGGAACAAGGAGACAGUGGCUCUUUUUUUUUUAAAGAUGGUACAGUCCGUUUUAAAAGAAUGUGAACGCCGUAUUUAUUAUAAUUCAUCCACGUUUUCACUCACAUGUAAGAAUGUUAUUUAAUCUACAAAAUAAAGUCAAAUGAAAACAGCA